UCUGAGUGUGAAAGAAAAUGUUCCCAUCUGGUGGAAAUAGCAACCAAAGAAGAAUCCGAUUGGCUGGCUGAGACAUUUCUCUUCAAGGGCACUUGUUCCUCAAAUAUUUAUCGUAACUGCGUUGCUUGGACUGGAGGAAACGAUAUAUCAGUUGAAGGUAGAUACCAUUGGAGUUACUUUAACACGUCUAUCAACUUCACUAACUGGAAAUCAAAUGAGCCUGGUCCUCUACGUCUUAAGGAAGACUGCAUACACCUACUAAGAAAUG